AUGAUGAGCACAAGAAGUGUCCUGCAUCUACUGCACACUCUCAUUAAGGCAACCGGGGCCAAGCGAUUUCUUGAUAUAGGUGUUUUCACUGGAUGCAGCUCUCUUGCGGCUGCGCUAGCAUUGCCGGAAGAUGGUCACGUGGUUGGACUGGACAUUUCCAUGGAAUUCCCUGAAAUUGGAAUGCCGUUCUGGAAAAAGGCUGCAGUCGAUCACAAGAUAGAUGUUCGCGUCGCUCCGGCGAGUGAAUCUCUUGAUUUGAUGAUUAAGAAUGGCGAAACGUUUGAUAUAAUUUUUAUUGAUGCCGACAAACCAGGUUGUUCAGGCUAUUUCAAGAAAUCUUUGAAGGUUCUAAAAAAGAACGGAAUUGUUGCCGUCGACAACGUACUAUUUCACGGACAAGUGUUGGACUUGGACAACAACGAACCAGUACCAGCUUCAAUGAGGAUAGUUAACGACAUUAUUUACAAAGAUGACGCUGUUUUUGCAAGCAUGCUAACAGUCGGUGAUGGUCUUACCUUAGCAUUGAAGAAGUGA